GACCCGACCACCGAGCCCCGAAGGGCACCACCGAGUUUCCAGAAGCAUCCCCAACCCCGACCGCAGCGAUCGCGCGGAAGCUGGCGGCUGGCGUAGCGGGAGAGGGAGAGGCGGCGAGGGUUAGCCGGAGAUGGACGAGGCGGAGAAGCUUCGGUGGCCCUUCUCGGACGGCAGCGUCACCGAUCUCCUCGACGCCCGCAGCCUCCACGGCUCCCGCGACAUUAGGAAAAGAGCACAAUUUCAUUCUUCUCUAGUGCAAAAGCUUGCUUUGGAAAAGGAGAUGGAGGGUCACAUAGGUUGUGUGAAUGCUAUUGCAUGGAAUUCGAAUGGUUCGCUUCUCAUAUCAGGAUCAGAUGAUACUAGAAUUAACAUCUGGAGUUACAAUAAUCGGGAGCUGUUGCAUGACAUUGACACCGGACAUUCUGCAAAUAUCUUUUGCACAAAAUUUGUCCCAGAAACAUGUGAUGAAGUAGUAGUCUCUGGAGCAGGAGAUGCAGAGGUUCGUGUUUUCAAUAUGUCUCGUUUAAGUGGCAGAAGGCCUAGAGAAAUUUCUUUGGAACCAACAGCAGUUUACCAGUGUCAUUCAAGAAGGGUCAAGAAAUUAGCUGUUGAAAUUGGCAAUCCAAAUGUAGUGUGGAGCGCAAGUGAGGAUGGUACUCUGAGACAGCAUGAUUUUCGGGAGUGUAGUUCCUGCCCUCGUGCAGGAUCUGCUAAUCAGGCUUGCCGCAAUGUGCUUCUUGAUCUACGUUGUGGAGCAAAGAAGUCUUUAGCUGAUCUGCCCAAACAUCCAUUGUCACUGAAGUCUUGUGAUAUUAGCUCUGUUCGUCCCCAUGAAAUUGUUAUUGGUGGGAGCGAUGCAUUUGCCAGGCUGUACGAUAGGAGAAUGCUACCGCCAUUGAGUUCAUGUCAAACCAAAAGGGAGCCACCACCAUGCAUUAAAAUGUUCUGCCCAUUGCAUCUUGCUGACAAUAAGAAAGCAUAUUUGCACCUUACACAUGUUGCAUUCAGCCCAAGUGGGAAGGAGGUGCUUUUAAGUUACAGUGGUGAACAUGUUUAUCUGUUUGAUGUUGACCCAGAUAGUACGUGUUCAGUGAGAUACACAGCUGAUUAUGUGCAAGAGCAACUAUUUGUACCCCCUUUUCACAAAGUACCAGCAAAAGAACAUGCAAAACAAAGGAAGAUUUCAAUGAACACAAAUUUCAGAAAAUUGAGGGUAGAUAUGUGCAGGAAAUUUAUGCAAGUUGCGACAAGAUCUUUGGAGCUUGGAAAGAACUUAAUGCAUGGGAUUGACGCAUGCAGUGAAGUACUUGAAUCAGUGGGACCUGAUAUUGAUGACAGCAUGAGGCAUGAUUGCUUGUGUACUCGAGCAGGAUUGUACCUAAAGAGGAAGUGGAAAAAUGAUGUUUACAUGGCAAUUCGGGAUUGCAACAGAGCGCGGAAUAUUGAUCGCGCAUCCUAUCAAGCACACUUAUAUAUGUCAGAGGCACUAUUACAGUUAGGAAGACUGAGGGAGGCCUUUGAGUAUGCAGAAGCAGUAAAUAGACUUCUUCCGUCACAUUCUGAAUUGAAGAAGCAGGUGGAUGAUAUAAAGCAGCGGGUUGCUUCAGCUGAACUUGAGAAGAACGGAACAGAUCAGAAUGGGAAUGCUAAAGCUGAUACACAUAGGAAAUUACGCUCAUUGAGGGAUAUAUUUUCUAGAUCCGAUGUUAGUGGUUCAUCAUCACAGGAGGGACGAGAAGAUUCAGACCACGAUGAUGAAAUGGAAUUAGACUAUGAGACAUCAGUAUCUGGUGAUGAAAGUCGAGAAAAUGAUCAAGGUGUCUUUCGAGGUAGUUUAAGUUUCAGAUUUCAUCAAAGUGAGGAUCAAACCAAUGAACACGCUGGUGAAAAUGGAUCGACUGAGUCCACUCACAAGGGUGAUUCUUCUUUCCAGUCGGAUGUUGCCAUUGAUAUGAAACAAAGAUAUGUUGCGCACUGCAAUGUGGGGACAGAUAUAAAACAAGCUAGCUUUCUUGGCGAGCAAGGGGAGUUUAUUGCCAGUGGAAGUGAUGAUGGUAGAUGGUUCAUAUGGGAGAAGAGAACAGGAAGGCUUAUUAAAAUGCUUACAGGGGAUAGUGCUGUCGUGAACUGCAUACAGUCUCAUCCCUUUGAUUGCGCUGUUGCAACAAGUGGAAUCGAUAAUACAAUAAAGCUAUGGACACCUGAUGCAAGUGCUACAUCUUUGGUUGCUGGACCAGAACUUGAUGUAUUGAGUGCCAUAGAGAAUAAUCAGCAGAAGUUAUGUCAGAACCGUCGAAUUUUGGUGCCUUUCGAAUUUUUGGAACGAUUUCGGAUGCAUGAUAUUGCCGAAGAAUUGCAGUGUGUCCAGAGUUGAUUUACUAUUUGCUAGAGUUGCUGAGAAAAUUUGAACAGUUGGGAAAAUGGUUACAUCCAAGCUACAAGCAGCCAUGUUUCGACAUGAACGGAAUCGCAAGGCCUUUGUUGCGAUCAUAGUGUAGAGAUAAUGCUAGUGGCACCUGGUAAGAUAAGCAGGUGUUGCCAGUUCGGGAUUUAUUACUUGAUGUCAAUAAAUAAUGCUAUUAUGUUGUGGUUUGGGAGGGUAUAAUGAUUCAUACAUGUAAUGGAUGUGGUGGAUUCAUCCCCUUGUACAGAUUGUAGAUAUAUGAAGUUGUGCAAUAAGUGAAAAUCAUUGAUCUGCGUGUGCAUA